AUGAACCAUGUUCUUCUUCUAAAGAAUAAGACUGUUCCUGUGGACCCGUAUUUUGAAGCUUUUAGGUCGGAGUAUAGUACGACAUUCCUACCACUAUUAACACACACUCACACUAAUAAAUCGGACACUAUCAAGUACUUAUUAAGCUCCGAGUUUCUUACGACAGAAGCGAUAAUUAUUACGUCACAACGAGCUGUGGAGAUCCUAGUACAGCUUCUAGAAGAGUUACCAACAUCUGUUGUAGAUUCCAUCAAACAGAACCAAAUAGUAUACACUGUGGGUCCAGCUACCAGCAAAGUACUUGAAGAUGCCGGUUUCGGGCAAGUUCGUGGAGGAGAAAAUGCCGGUAACGGAUCAAAAUUGGCCGAUAUUAUUAUUGCCGAUGGAAUUGGUCAACUUGUAUUUUUCACUGGUGAGACAAGAAGAGACAUUAUACCUGUCAAAUUGGCACUGGCGGGGAUCCCAUUGGUUGAGAAGGUGAUUUAUAAAACAGAGAACAGACACGACAUUAUUAGUCUGUUCAACUCAUGGGUGGAUGAUGUUCAACAAAGUGAGGGUAUAAAAUGGGUAGUAUUCUUUAGUCCUCAAGGUACUGAACUGAUAGUUGAAUAUUUGCAAAAUUAUAAAGGUGUAGAUUAUAGAAUUGCUUCCAUUGGACCGACAACCGAAGAAUAUUUGGUCAAGAAUGGGUUGGUUCCUCAAACCGUUUCAUCCAAGCCUCAAGCUCAAACACUUUUCCAAGAGAUACAAAACCAACGUACAAAAGAGAGAGAGACAUUCAGACAUAAGUAA